CAUCAUCAGUUUACCUAAAACUUUAGAAAACUACAAAUCAAACCCUCAAAAAAAACUUCAAAAUGUUCAAAUUCUUCGCCGUUUGCUUGUUCGCCAUCUUCGCCUGCGCCAUGGCUACACCCGCCGUUGUUGCUGCUCCCUACGCCUACUCUGCCUACUCAGGUUACACUCCCUAUGCUGCUGCUGCCUACUCUGCUCCCGUUGCUGCUGCCACUUAUGGUGCUUAUCCUUAUACUGCCGGCUACUCUGCCUAUCCUUAUGUUGCCGCAGCUUACGUACGUUAAGUGGAAAAUCAGUAUCUGGCCCUAUUACCGGUUAAAGGACUAAUGCAUAAGCUUAAUGGAAUAUGAAUUUGGUUUUGGAUAUCUUUAUUUUACAAUUGAUUGCCUUACAAUUUAUUGUUUUAUGUUAAACUCUAUUGAGUUCAUACAUAUUUAUUUUUUUUAGUUUCUACAUACAAAGUUAUACACUCAAAAUGUAAUUUUUUAUAAUAAAAAAAAAUGUUUGCAUAUUUGCAUAAAAAACGUA